AUGUGGUCCUACCUCGGACGACGCCUCAUCCAGGUGCCGCUGGUUCUCCUCGUCGUGUCGCUGAUGACCUUCGCCAUCACGCGCGCGACACCGGGCGAUCCGGUGACGAUCAUGCUCGGCAUGCAGACCUCGCCCGAAGCGGCGACGGCGAUGCGCCAGGAGUUCAACCUCGACCGUUCCCUGCCCGAGCAAUACGGGCUGUGGAUCGCCAAGGUGAUGACCGGCGACCUUGGCCGCUCGAUGCGGCUCAACGACCGGGUGACGACUCUGAUCGCCGAGCGCCUGCCGAUCAGCCUGCAACUCGCCAGCGCGGGCAUGCUGUUCGCGCUCCUGGUGUCGAUCCCGCUCGGCGUGAUCGCGGCGCUGAGACGCAACAGCUGGAUCGAUUAUCUCUGUACCGGCUACACAGUAUUGGGUUUUGCCGUGCCGAACUUCGGCCUGGCGCUGAUCCUGAUCUACGUUUUCUCGAUCCAGCUCGACUGGCUGCCGAUCACCGGCAUCGGCUCCUCGGAAGCCGAGGCCGGUGGGUUCUGGAAACACUACAGCCCCUUCAUCAUUCCCGCCGUCGCGCUGGGCUCGCUACAGACGGCGAUGCUGACCCGCCUGCUGCGCUCCAGCAUGAUCGACGUGCUGUCGCAGGACUAUAUGCGCACCGCGCGGGCCAAGGGGCUGCUGCCGGCCAACAUCGUGAUCGUCCAUGCACUCAAGAACGCGAUGAUCCCCUUCGUCACCAUGGCCGCGGUGCAGUUCGGUUACAUGAUCGGCGUCCAGGUCACGAUCGAAUACAUCUUCGCGGUGCCCGGGCAUGGGAUCGGCGGUGCUGAACGCCGUGAUCAACCGCGACUUCCCGGUGAUCCAGGGCUUCACGCCUGGUGA